AGGGCGGGUCUUCCAUGAUUUUGAUAGGUCAAGUGUGAGGGAAGGACGAACGCUGUGUAGUGCUUUCGAAACUCAUGUAACCGACUUUCACAAUGGAAGCUUCCCAAUCAGAAGAGCCUGUGUUGCGCCAUGUGGAGAAAGAUGUUUUGAUACCCAAGAUGAUGAGGGAGAAGGCAAAGGAGCGUUGUGCAGAAAAUGUUGCUGCCUUUUCUCACUGUUGUAAGGAGAGCGGAUUCUUAAUGGUGUUGAAAUGCAGGGAGGAAAACGCAGCUCUGAAGGAGUGCCUGACAAAGCAUUACCAAGACCCUGCCUUCUAUGAAGAGUGUAAGCAAGAGUAUAUCAAAGAGAAGCUGGAAUUUUUGAGAACAGGCGUUGCAGCCAAGAACAGGAUACAGAAGCUCCCAACCAGCAUGUAGAUUUCACCUGUCCUGUCUAAAGGACCACGAUUAUGAGAAGGCUAUUAUAUCCAGCAAUGCCUAUUGCUCACUGCCUUGUACUGCUGAA